UAUGUGAUAGUAUACGUUCCAUGAUCUGCAUGAUCAUGCGUGUUUAGUUUAGUUUGUAUUUGGCUUUCCGCGGUGAAGGUGUAGUCCAUUCGGUUUCGAGGAUUAUUUCGUCAUUUGCAACAAUGGACACAUCUUCGAGCUGUGCGAAAAAGCCGAAUCCGGUCGAAAAAGCCAACGUUCUGGCGAAACUCACUUACACCUACAUGUUUCCUAUCUUUAAACGCGCCUUCAGACACGGGCUCACUGAAGACGACCUCUUCCAGCCCUUGGACGAGCACAAGUCCAGCCUUUUGGGCGAGCGACUCGAAAAAAUCUGGAAAGCGGAGUACCGGAAGCACAAAAACCAAGGACUGUACAAAGCCCUAUACAAACUCUUCGCUAUAAAUUUCCUCCUAUUGGGACUGAUAAGACUAGUAAACGAGAUCGUUUUAGUAGUCGUAAUGCCAAUGUCAAUAGCCAAUUUAGUAACUUAUUUCGAAACCGGUCAGACUCAAAUUUCCGAAACUGAGGCUUAUGUUUACGCAGCUGUUAUUGCUUUUUGCCGCUUGGGCGACGCGCUCAUGACCCACGGGACCAUGAUGGGGCUCACCCACGUCGCUAUGAAAAUGAGAGUGGCGUGCAGUUCGCUAAUCUAUCGGAAGAUUCUAAGAGUUAACAAGACAGCUCUCGUGGAUACGACAAUAGGUCAACUGGUCAACUUAUUAUCGAAUGAUGUGAGCAAGUUCGACCAGAGUUUCGUCUUGGCGAACUUCGCCUGGAUAGCCCCCAUUCAGGCCGCCGUGGGGACGUACCUCCUCUACCGGGAAAUUGGCGUUAGUGCCUUCUUCGGCAUGGCUCUCUUGCUGUCGUUUAUACCGGUCCAGGCCUGGUUCGGGAAGAAGUGCUCGAGCUUCAGGCUGAAAAUUGCACUGACGACGGACAAGCGAGUCCGUUUAAUGAACGAAGUGAUCUCAGGGAUACAAGUCAUCAAGAUGUACUGCUGGGAAAAGCCAUUCGGACAACUGAUCUCACUUGUGAGGAGACAAGAAAUGAAAGGGAUAAGGAGUCGGGGGUUCAUUCUUGGACUGAUGUACUGUUUCGAGAUUUUUAUCACACGAGUGUCGAUUUUUGUGAGCGUUCUUGGGUUCAUCCUUUUGGAGAAAUACAUCACUGCCAAAACCAUGUUCACUGUCACGGCGAUUUACGCCGUUUUGCGGCCGAUUAUCACGACGGUGUUUUCCCUAGCCGUUUCUUCCAUCGCUGAAGUGAACGUCUCGGUUAAACGAAUACAGAAAUUUCUGGCACUUGAUGAACAAGAGGACGAUGUCAAGCCUGUGAUUAAUGGGUCGCCCAAAACAAUCACAGAUAAACCACGAGUGUCGUUAGAAGACGUAACGGCAAGGUGGUCACACGAACCACUUGAGCCAACUCUUGAAAAUAUCACCCUCGACAUAUCAUCAAACCAACUAGUGGCUGUGAUAGGUUCCGUCGGUAGUGGCAAGUCAAGUCUGCUCAACGUAAUACUCAAAGAACUCCCCACCGAGAGUGGUGAUGUCACCAUCAGUGGGGAAAUUUCCUACUCCUCGCAGGAACCGUGGCUGUUUAGUGCUAGUGUCCGCCAAAAUAUCCUCUUCGGUGAUAGUUACGACGAAGAAAGGUACAAACAAGUGGUCAAAUUGUGCGCUUUGGACGCCGACUUCAAGCUCUUGCCUUUCGGUGACAGAACCCUAGUUGGGGAGAAAGGCAAGGCGUUGAGUGGCGGCCAAAAGGCCCGAAUUAACCUCGCCAGGUGCAUUUACAAGAAGGCUGACAUCUACCUCCUGGACGAUCCGCUAUCGGCAGUCGAUGCCACUGUCGGACGCCAUUUGUACGAAAAAUGCAUCAAGGAAUUUCUCAGGGACAAAAUAUGCAUACUUGUCACCCACCAGCUUCAAUACUUACACAAUGCGGAGAAAAUCAUCGUCAUGGAAGACGGCAAAAUCGAGAUGCAAGGCAGUUACGUGGAAUUGAAGACUAGUGGCUUGGACUUCACCAAGCUAUUGUCCCAGUUUCACACUGAGGAAGAAAUCAAAGAGGAGGAAAAAGUGCGCUCGCUUGAACACUCAAUUGACGAUGGCGGGUGCGAGGAUGAUCCGCUCCUGGAGAAGGAGUUUAUGGAACGUGGGAGUAUUAAAACCUCUCACUAUUUAUCAUAUUUCAAGUGUGGCGGCGGCUUGUGUAACGCCGUCCUCAUGCUCUUGGUUUUUGUUGGCGCUCAAGUUGUUGCAAGUGCGUCCGAUUAUUACGUCGCCUAUUGGGUUAAUAGCGAACAGGACUUUAAAGAUAAAGUACUGAUCGAGAAUGAGACUUUUCCGCGAGAAACUUUCCUUUAUACGUACGCAGGGAUCACUCUAGCUGUUCUAGUUUUUGGCAUUGCUCAUGGACUUUACUUUAUGUUGUUUUUCGCAAUAGCUUCAUCCACUUUACAUCGACUCACUUUCACAAAAAUCAUCAAAGCGACAAUGCGAUUUUUCAAUAAUAAUCCUUCUGGGCGGAUUUUGAACCGAUUUUCGCGCGAUUUGGGCAACAUUGACGAAUAUAUCCCAGAAAUUAUGUACGACGUGGUUGCGGUUGCGUUAGAUUUGUUUGGUGCUAUGAUACUGUCAGCAAUCGUGGAUUUAUGGCUGUGUUUACCGUCCGUGGUUCUCUUGCUUAUUUUCUAUUUCUUUAGAAAGUUUUACAUCGAAACCAGCAGAAGUGUUAAAAGACUUGAAGGCAUAACCAGAGGUUCGAUUUACGGCCACAUGAGCGCCUCUAUGUCUGGUUUAAGCACAAUUCGGGCGUUUUCAGCCCAACGUAUCCUAAUAAAGGAGUUUGACGACUACCAGGAUAGGCACAGUGGCGCAUUUUUCAUAUUUCUUGCGUCUAAUAGAUGUUUCGGAAUGUGGCUGGACGUAGCAUGUGCCAUUUUUAUAGCUACAACUGUGUUCAUACUUUUGUAUUUCAACAAAAAUCUGUAUGGGGGUGACAUCGGACUUGUAGUCACUCAAUUUGCCGGAAUUGCCGGCGGUCUCCAGUGGGGGAUGCGCCAGUGGAGCGAGUUAGAAAACCAAAUGGUUUCGGUGGAACGUUUGCUCGAAUAUACCAAAGUGGAAACGGAACCUGAACGGAGUGCAAGUGUCCAAACACCCAAACAUUGGCCAGAAGACGGCCAGAUUGAAUUUUGCGACGUGUCUCUCAAAUACAACCCUCAGGAACCGUUCGUUUUGAAAAACCUGAACUUUGUUGUGAAUCCUAAGGAGAAAAUUGGGAUUGUGGGCCGAACUGGCGCUGGCAAGUCGUCCAUAAUCACAGCCUUGUUCCAACUGUACCCAUUAGAAGGAAAAAUAUUAAUUGACCGUGUAGAUACGACUAAACUUCCGUUGGACGAAGUCAGGUCAAAGAUAUCGAUUAUUCCGCAAGAGCCGGUCCUGUUCUCCGGACCUUUGCGCAAAAAUCUGGACCCGUUUGAUGAAUACAACGACGAUGUGCUUUGGAACGCGCUGGAACAAGUGGAAAUGAAGGAAGAUGUGUCAGAGCUUCCGGACGGACUGCAGUCGCAUGUUGCGGAGGGCGGAAGUAAUUUCAGUGUGGGGCAAAGACAGUUGGUGUGUUUAGCUAGGGCCCUCAUUAGGAAUAAUAAAAUUUUGGUCAUGGACGAAGCCACGGCCAAUGUGGACCCUUACACUGAUACUCUUAUACAAAAUACGAUUCGGGAGAAGUUCGCUGAUUGUACAGUUUUGACUAUUGCUCAUCGGCUGCAUACUGUGAUGGACUCGGAUCGGAUUUUAGUGAUGAAUGCUGGAAGGGUGGAAGAGUUCGAUCAUCCUUAUGUGCUUCUGAACAAGCGGGGAUUUUUGUACAAUCUGGUACAAACCACGGGAAAAGUGACUGCUCUAAAUUUAGAAAAUAUCGCUCGACAGAGCUAUGUAAAAAAGGAGAAGACAGGUUAAAGCAUUUAUAGCCAAAUUGUUAUGUUUAAAUUAUUGUAAUAAUGGUGUACCUUAUACGAAAUAUACGUUUCUAUAUUUUUUUA